CCCAGGUAACCCUAGCGGCUCGCGGUGCAGUCGGCAGUCACCGCCGCCUCCAAUCCCCGUCGGCGAGUUCCGCGGCAAGAAACCCCAAUUCCCAUCGCAAUAUUUGCCCCAUCUGCCCCUCGUCCCUACCGCUCAACCAUCACCUCCCCGCCACCUCUCCGGAGUCUCGCCGCCCAACCGCAGCGACACAAUCCAUCGCCUCACCGACCGAGUCUCCCACCGUGCCGCCGUGCUCCGCAAUCCUCAGGUCGAAAACCGGAAACCCUAACCCUAACCCUAGCAUCCCUCGGCACCCCCAUCUUGACGCGGCCGUAGAAGCAGUGGGGGCGUGAGAGAGGGAGCCACCGCUGGUUUUGGUGCAGCCCUCGUGACCUCCUCCCACUUCUACCUCGCGCUGUCGCUCGCAAUGGGGAUCUAGAGAGAGACCCAACUGGCUAACUCCCUUCGGUCAUUCUCUACCGCUGAGAGUUCAAAAUGAAGGGAGAUCUGUAAAUCUUGUAUCAUAUUAGGGUUUGUUUUUCUUUUCUUUCAUCAUUUGUUCUGGUGGGAAUCAAGCCAUCCCAUGGCAUCACCGCAAGAAUCCAGCUCCCUGUGCUUGAAGCGCAAGUUUGUUCAAGAUUGCCUGUUGAAAGAGUGCAAAUCUCGUCGCAUCAAAGUUGAGAAUGGGCCCUCAUUUGCUUCAUCUGCUAAACGCUGCAACUGUUGCUGCACACGACCUAACCUUGCCAAUGAUUGUGUCAAUUUCCUGAAUAGUGGAGUGCCUAGCCGUAUCAUGUAUUACAAACAAGGUUCUUGGCACAAUUUUCCUGAGCAAAUAACAAAGUCCCUCAUUGAAGAAUUCAGAGGCAGUAAAUCGAGUGUUGUUGCUGUGAUGGACGAUGAGCCUCUUCUUGUUGACUUCUUGUCAAUGACCCUGGUCAACCUAAAAUCUAGAAAGCAGCGAUCUGUUGCAUGGUUCGAUGACACUGGCAAGUGUUUUUCUCCUUCUCUGUUCUUUGAUGAGGAAACUGAUGAUAUGGUCAAAGGGGAUGCUGCUAAUGUUGAGGGCAUUGCACAGGGAAUAAUGUUGCAUAAGGUUGCGAAUUCUCCACCUGAAGUGGUGAAGCAAGUUGUCAUUGAAUCUAGUCCUCCAAUUCCUCAGAAAACUUCCAAUACAGACAUAUUACGCAAGAAGAUCGCAUCCGUCGAAAGAGGCAGCGAAGACUUUCUGUUUGUCCAGGACCUUUUCCUCUCUGGUAUGGGUCCAUUUGCAACACCAAAUAAUCUACUUCGUGUCUACCGCUACUCUCCAAACGAUAUAACUGCACAGUGUAGACUUCAAGCUUUUGAAAAACAGAUGAGGUCCACCAAAGAAGAACGUGGUGAUGCAAAUGUAAGAUAUGGAUGGCUAGGAUCUAGGAAAAAUGACAUAGUCAGGAUUCUGAUUAAUGGUUUGGGUACCACUGGAAAACCUGUUGAGAAGUCAGGUUUGAAUGCUGGUGUUCAUCUUUCACCAGAAAACCGAAUCUUUACCAGUGUUGGUCUUUGUGAUGUUGACGAAAAAGGAGUGCAGUAUAUGUUGCUAUGCCGAGUGAUAUUGGGCAACAUGGAAGCUAUUGAGCCUGGAUCACAGGAGUCUUUUCCUAGCAGCAAGAUAUAUGAUUCUGGUGUUGAUGAUUGCUUAAACCCAAAGUGUUAUGUGAUGUGGCCAUCACAUUUAAGCACUCACAUCCGUUUAGAAUAUCUUGUUAGUUUCAAGCUUGCCCCAGAAGCUCGAAAUUAUUUGCUUGGCUUGAAAGGUUUAUGGUUUCACCCAUCGCCAAAGGAAGUUUCAGUGGGUAUUUCUACUCUUCAACCUGUAAUGUGUGAAACAGGUCAAGGACCAACUACCCCAUGGAUAUCAUUCAGAGUUCUGUUUGGGGUAAUUCAAGACAAAAUAUCAUCUGUAGCAAGGGAACUGCUCUUCCAUCAUUAUGAAGAGCUGAAGGAAAACAAAAUAACUCGUGAAGAAAUGGUGAAGAAGAUAAUAGUAAUAGUUGGGGAGAAAAUACUUUUGGAAGCCCUGAAGAAACUUCAUUACUGUCCAUCAUUAUGGUACAAGACUUCCGUCGAAGUGGUGUCUAGUGAUCCUGCAAGGACAACAGCAGAGCAGUUAUCCUUGGAUAAAACAGACAUGCAUUGUUUAUUAACUCUUAGUGGUAACCAUGGUGACUCACAUGCACCAAAUGCCAUGGCUGAACACUCCACAGCUCUUAGCACCAAAGGAUGCAGUGCCCUUGCAACUGCUAUGGUGCCCAAAGGCCAUGAUUGUCCGGCACCAAGCGGUUUGCCAGAUGCCGGGGCCAUAUGCCAGGGUUCUCAAGGUGUGGAACCCGAAGGAAUAGAUUCUCCGGUACAAAUCAUGUCACCAGCAAACUCUGCAACCCGAUGUACCAAAAAUCAAGAUUCUUUUGUAGGAAGAAUGCGACCUAUAAUUCGUGAGGGCCUUUUGAGGACAACUUCUGGAAGAUCUGGGUCUCCUGCUGUGGAAGUUUGCAGUCCUGUUGAACCAACCACAGGACCUCCUGGUUAUGCUUCUCUACCACCAACUAAUGCCUCAAAAAGCCAUGGGAUUUUUGCUCCAGGUUUCACCCCUAGUCCUAAGGGCUGUGAAUCUAUUGUGCCAAGCUUGGCACUCGGAAAUUCUAAAAGUGCAGGUGUGAAACGUCACAAUUCUGCACCAAGAAUGACACCUGAAGGCAAGGAAUUUCUUUCGCUGGGUAUUGCAUCACAGAGUGCCGUGCUUCAUUCAGUAAAAGGCACAGACGGUUUAACAUCAGUUGCCAUACCUCCAGUCCACGCACCAGGACGUGGUGAUUCAGCAUCUAUGAGCACUGAUGCCUGUGAUUCUCUAGCACUGAAUAUCGCACCAAAAGGGUAUGAUCCUCCAGCAUCAGGUAAAGAGCCAAAACGCCCUGAAUCUGCAAAAGCUGAUACGAUGCCAGAAAGCCAUCAUUUUCAAACCCCGGAUGCGACCACCAAGUAACUGGGGAGCGGAAAGACCAGACUGCGCCAGGUGGGUAGCAGAAUAAAUUAUUUGGGCCGGUCCUUGAUGCUAGCAGCCGUGUGGUUCAGGCAGCAGAUGCCCUCGCCGCCCUAUCAACUCCGUGAGAGAAGGGCUAAUAGAUGCAUUAGAGUAGCAGCGAUCGUGUCUUCUCCGUUGGGUCCCCGUGAUGUUAUUAACUGUUUCCAUGUCCGGAAGAAGGAUAGGGUCGCUCGCCGUUGCCCCAGCAACCGCGGGUUGUUUUAAACCAGUGGGAUUGAUCUUGUAGGUCAGGAGUCAUCCCGUUGACUCUGAACAUAAAUCCUUUUUGGUCCCUGGUAGUAAACUGUUAUCGACAAU